AUGGCACGUCUCAGCAGCAUCCUCACUUUCGCAGUGCUCGCGGCGACGAGCUCCGCUGCACACGUCCUCAGGGACACCUCGUCCGGCUGCACGAACCCCGGCGUCGUGUCAAACCAGACGCUCUCACUUAACGGCGUCGACAUCCAGUGGACGACCCUCUCGUGUGCUGUCGCAGCGCAGCCCGGGGAAAACUUCAUAUUCCCAAUCCCGCUUCCGUUCCCGUUCUUCCCGCCCUCGCCGAAGCCGAAGCCGACAACCACCGUUGUGAGCACACCGACUGCGCCUCCGCCCGUGCCAACUACCGAUGUGUGCAACCAAGUUUGCACGGACGCCUGUGGGUCCCUUGGGGACCUGCCGCCAAUCUCCGAGGACUGCCAGCAGAUCUUCAACUCUAUUACCAUUCUAAAUAGCUCCAUUUCGCCCAACUUCGUCGUAAACAGCAGCAGCAUCGAGCAGCUCACUUUCGGGACGUGCCGCGUCUUCUUCGAGAACUUUAGCAACGGGACGAUGUCCGAGUGCUGGACGACUCUUUCCAACGCGGCGGAGGCUGCUGGCACCCUGUGCUUCCCGCCGACGCAGCCCGUCAACUCCGCGGCCUUCUGCAGCCCUGCAGACGGAUCCUGGCAGAUUGGGAUUGCCCACUCCUAG